GAGCGAGUCUACGGGAACAAAGAGCCGGAUCUCGGCUGCAGAGACCGAUCCAGACAGGGACCCCCGUGUGUUAUCCGCCCGGGGACCCGCACACCCCCCGGCUGAGGAUGAGCUGGGGGGCAGAGGGGAGCAUCAGCCCCCAAUCCGGUUAAUGAGCCUCUGAAUGGACAGCAGGGGGUCAGUCUGAGACCUCAGCGGAGCCCAGCAGCCCCCGAUCCCCCAGUGCCCCCCCAUGCCCGUGAGCCCGGACCGGCUGUGAAUCACCAUGGCCGCCGCCAUCAGCUACACCCCACCUUGGUGGGUGAAUCUCCUGCACCGGCUCCCCCACCUCAAUAUACAAUGGGAGACCCUGAGUGGGGACUUCAGACCAGAAGACCCCGACUACCAACAGUCUCUCAUGCUUCUGGGCUGUGUUGCGCUCUCCUGCCUCGCUCUGGACCUCUUGUUCCUGCUCUUCUAUUCGUUUUGGUUCUGCUGCCGUCAUCGGAAAACAGAAGAAAACACAAAUGCGGAUUGUUGCUGUACUGCCUGGUGUGUCAUCGUUGCUACUUUAGUUUGCAGUGCUGGCAUUGCUGUUGGUUUCUAUGGCAACGGGGAGACUAGCGAUGGCAUCCACAGAGUGACAUAUUCGCUCAGACAUGUUAACCGCACCGUGGCUGGAAUCCAAGAUCGGGUCUUGGAUACAACAGUAGCUCUGAACCAAACGGUGGAUCCGAGUCUACUAGAACUGGAAUCCAUGUUUACAAAACAGACCGAUUACCUUCAUAUUGUUCAGAAACUCCAGGGUCUCUUGUACACUCUGGUUCAACAAACCUCAGAGAUCCCCUUCUGGAAAAAUUCGGAUCUCUCGUUGGAUGAUCUGGCAGCCCGCAUAGAUCUGUAUGAUUGGUACCGGUGGUUGGGGUACUUGGGACUGCUGCUUUUCCAUGUCCUCAUAUGCCUGUUGGUGCUGUUUGGCCUGAUCCGUAAUUCCAAAGCCAUCCUUGUGGGGGUCUGUUUACUCGGAGUACUUGCCCUGAUCAUAAGCUGGGCAUCCAUGGGUCUGGAGCUGGCCGUUUCCGUGGGGUCCAGUGACUUUUGUGUAAAUCCCGAUUCCUUUGUCUCCAAAGUGAUAGAAGAGAAUUCUGUGCUCAGUGCAGACAUUCUAAACUACUAUCUGGUCUGUAACACUGGAUCCAUUAACCCUUUCCAGCAGAUGUUGUCUACCGGUCACAAAGCAUUGGUGGAAAUGCAAGACGAUGUUCUGGAUCUCUUGAGGUCAGCUGUGAAAGAGUACCCCAACUCGAAGGAUUAUCUCGUUCGCAUUCAAGGCGUUCUUAACUCCACAGAGAUCAACUUACAGCAUUUAACGGCGCUGGUGGACUGCCGGGGUUUGCACUUAGAUUAUGUGCAGACUCUCACAGGCUUUUGCUACGAUGGAGUCGAGGGGCUCAUUUACCUGGUCCUCUUCUCCUUUGUGACCGCGCUGAUGUUCAGCUCCAUUGUAUGCAGUGUUCCUCACACCUGGCAGCAAAGGAGGGCCAAUUAUGACGAAGAGGAAGAGACCACUACCCCAGGCAACCGCCAAACCCAUGAUAACCUGUACAGGGUGCACAUGCCCAGUCUGUACAGCUGUGGGAGCAGCUAUGGUAGUGAGACUAGCAUUCCAGCCGCUGCACAUACUGUCAGCAACGCUCCUGUGACUGAGUACAUGAGUCAGAAUGCAAAUUUUCAAACCCCCCGCUGUGAAAACACCCCUUUAAUCGGCCGUGAAUCACCACCUCCUUCAUUGUAUUUGGCUGCCAUGGACAGUAGCAGCCAUUUGAGCUGGCAGUUUAAACCCUUGGACAGUGCAAGGACGUUCUGGUAACAGCGCCCGCUAUUGGAACAGUAUACUUCCAGCAUGAGAGCGAAAUACCUCGCCACCAAUCGUCCUGAAAGUGAGCCCCUACACUAGUGCAAGUGACCCCCAUCCCAACGUACUCGAACCCAGCCGGUCAUACCCAGAACAUCUCCAACCCGAAUCCCUCCUCCUCGGAUUUCCAAACCUGCCGCUCAUGUCUUGAUCUUGUGCAGAAGCAGCUUCGGUAGAGUCACCAUCAUGUUGCCAGGAAAAAAAACAACAACGUGGAAAAACAGCACUAAGAGGAUUUGAUCCUUCACCUCCAAGGCUCCAGAUGUUGCCUUUCUACGGAUCCAUUUCCGCACACAAUGUUUCGCCUUUUGUGUUUUUAAAUCGUGUUUGAGGUUACGGAGUCCCCGCAUGUAAUGUUUCAAACACUCGUUUCUCAUUGUUUUCUCGUUGACAUUUUUUUCCAGUUUUUUCUUUUUCUUUCUUUUCUCCGUUGAGAAUUUGAUUCAACGCCAAAAGAUCAUCAGAUGUUUUACCCUAAAAUUGUGACUUUUACCUUAUGCACAACGUGUUACUUUCCAAAGUGCUGAGAGCAACUUUUUUUUUCGGAAUCUUUGGGUUUUUACGUUUCUGGAAAGUUUUACAACAUAAAUGAAUGCGGGGGGGGGGGGGCGACGACAUUGUACCGGGUCAGCGGUCCAGCUGUUUUUUACAAGCAUUGGAGUUAUUAGUUGAAUUUACUAUAUAAUUUACUGGUUUACUAUAAUACUAGAAUUACAUUGUUCUUAAAAGUACUACAAAAGGCAGGGUCCCCCAACUUAACGUAUGGAAAAUAUCAGCAGGUGUUCAUAACUUUUGCAUGAUCCACACAGUAGAAGGAUCAUGGACCACAAACGGUCAUGGGUGGUCUAACAGAUCACAUAUUAGCACAGUGUUACCCAUUUACUAACCUCCAUGAUAGGACAUAGGUGACCCUCUUUGUAAGCUGUACCCCGUUCAGAGAAUUGGGUAUAGCUUCCGGUGCUUAACCACUGCCUACCUUAUCAAAUCUCAUUAAAAUCUAGAUGCGUCGCCAUAUCCAAAGCCAUCUUAAAGUGUAGAGAAGGUCCGAGAUCCCAUAGAAAAGGCAUUAAACGUUAUCUAGGACUGUAAGACUUACAGGUGUGUUGUAGAACCUACUUGGAUAUCAAGUUAUUUUCUAUUAAAUGCAGAACUCUAACUGGAGAACAGUAUUGUCAAACCAAGUCCUCAAUCUGCAGUCCAGCCAAAACGCAUGGUAAUCUCGUUAUAAUAUUAAUAAUAUCCAUAUUACAGAGUAGUUUACCCACAAGAUGUACCCGGCAUGCCUGUAGAGUACUGUAAGGGACUAAUAAUAAUAUCAUCUUGUAAAUCAUCUUGUUAUCCUUGUUGAAGAGUUGGGAUGUGCUGUCAUAAUAAUAUUAAUUGGGCUGAUAACAAUAUGUACCCGGAUAGAGUCUUGGAUAGCUACCACCGUUCCCCACCUUCAGAUAUUACACCCCAGUUUUAACUGGUACUUAAGCUGGACUUUGUACAUAAGUCCUGUAUUUCAGUGAGAUCUGCUCUGAUGAUCAUCAUAUGUGUAAUAUGUUCUCUGUCUAUUCCUCUCAUCAUUUUGAAUUUUGAUAACGAAUUUGGUUAAUGGCAAUCAAACUUCAUGGGUGGUAUAUUUGGCCAAAUCCUCCCAUUUUUUUUAAACAUUAUAUAUUGACCAGCGCGGCUACAUAAAACCCCCUUUUAAUGCCACCAUCCUUGGCUUUCUAGGUGUGCGUAGCAAUGAAUUUGUAGCAUGAAAGGAAUCUUUCCCCGUUUCUUGUAAAUGUGUAUAACAUAUUUGUUUCUUACAUCAUAAGAAGAGCUGACUAUCGGUUCCAGCGAGAUACAUUUGUUACUGUUGAGGGGGGGGGUUUAACGUGAUGUGGAAUCUUUCACCAUCUCUAUAACUGGAAAACCUGGCAAACCGCGGACUUCAGCAAGAGAUACCCUUAGCUCUGUGACACAUCUUUGGUGCUAAACAUAUAGAGUGAGUUCUCCGCUGGAACGCUGGCGGUGCUAAGACCUCACAACAACGCGUGGAAUAUUACACCAAUUUAUUUUCAACACAUCUUGUCUUACGCGGGAUAACGUUGCGUCAACGUACUGCACUCGGCUUGUUUCACUGAGGUGGGUACGACUGCAAAACCGCAGUGGGUCUUAAGUGAAUUGGACUUAAAACGGAGCCGCGCUCAUCGCAAUGGGACCACCAGACAAAAACAUACACUAGAUGCGUAGAUCGACAUUUUUGAAGCACAAUCUUGGCGCAUUUUGGUUAUGGCUUCAAGGAGGUUAGAUUCCCCCCUCCCCCACCCCAUAUAUUUAUAUGUAGAAGACCUAGAAAAGUUCAAACAGACAUCUCCACAAUGUGAAUUGUAAAUAGCAUGUUGGACUUUUUCAUUGGUCUGUCUUGUAACUCUAAGAAAAGGAAUUGAGUUCAGGACGUCACCCUGUUCUAGAAGUGUUACUGUAGUGUUUGUAACCUGUGUUUGAUAUUACGUGGUCCAGCCUGCUUGCCGAUCAGCUUGGACUAAGCCUUUUCAAGUGGAUUUUACUCAUACGUUUUAAGAAAAUGCGUCGGAGGCUGACUUGUUAUGGUCCUCUAUACCUCCUGUCCUCUGGAGGCCAUGUUUCCUCUACAGAAGAAGACUUUAUUUCUUUCUUAUUUUAACAAAUUUUAUUUCUGUGUUCCGUUUUUUUUUUUUUUGGAGACUUAAAGGUUGUAGGCCUUGCCAGAUAAGUCACGACUAACACAUCCUAUACGUCUAGUUACACUGCACCCAUCAACUUCCCACCCCAAUACAAACAGACCUGAUGUCCAACGAGACUAAUGGAUAUCGAAAUACAAGGUGGUUCCAGGUAAAUCAAUAUCUUUCGCCCCAUCGUGUUCUAUGACACUAUGCGUUAACGUGGACAUCCGAUUGUACACAAAAGAUACCGAUAUUUCUUCAUGUAAGCUCUGGGGUUAAGUGUGUCCUUCUACAACCUGGCAGUGAUGCUUAUGAUCAAAAACCCAAUCGGAAAACCCAGGCAAAAACAAAUAUUUUAUAUUUAUAUCGAUAGUUCUUUUUUUUUUUUUUUUAUUGGGUAUUUUGAAAAAGGAGCCAGUGGGAAACAAACAAAAAAGGUCCAGAUGAACUUCUGGUUUUGAGAAGAAGUCUUAAUGCCAGAUGUCCCUGCGGUGGUACGGUGAAUGGUCUUCACAUAAAGUGAUGUCUUCAGAAGCUUUACACGAGGGUGGUAUGGAUAGGGUUACAGAGAAUGAGACACCGAAUCACCAAAAGCUGGCUUUACUCUCUAGUAUUUCUUGGUGCUGAGUAAACUUUCACGCCACGUGGACUAUGCAAUUCCAGGCUGGGGUUUUAUGAUUUGGCAGACAUUGCAAUGCAAUUUUUAGAUUUUAUUUUGUUUACGAUGGUCACGACGUUGCCGGGAGUCUUGUGGGUGGUUUAACUAGAGAAAACAUGGAAGGUCUAUGGUAGGAGGUAGAUGUUUGGAGACAUUAUUCACGGUUCUCUAUGAGCCCCCGGCUGUUGCAUACACAGUGUAUCAAAAGGGUCAGUUUUCAAUGUUCAAGCAUUAUUUUAUGAUGUUCUAAACCAUGAGCGAUGUAAAACAUACCACUUUGUAUGAAAUAAAUAUAGAUAAGGGAAGUUACUUUUUAAAUGGUGGACAUCCACCUCAAAGCCACUAAUGGUUCCCUUGUGGUCACCUGAAUAAUGACAUUUGGGUUGUAUAUUAAGUGACCUGCCCAUUGUAUAUUUUUCACUUAUGCAAUAGGACUCUGAUUUCCUUUUAAAAAUAAAAUGGACACAUCAUUUGUUGAUAA